AUGAAGACUCUACUCCAGAUAUGCUUUUGUGUUGUUCUUUUUUCGGUUUUCUCGAAUGGCGACAAAGUUCCUCCGUCAUUCAAAGCUAAACUUCAUCAACAUCUGCAGAGUUCUCGCUGGUUUUGGAAACUGGCCGGAUCCCAUGUUAAUACUGUGCAUCCUGUUUCCUUCAAAGUGAAUGUCGUCUCUACAUAUAAUGUGACGAAAAUAUCCAAGGGUAAAAAGUAUAAAGAUUGUGCAACCAUAUUAAAGAAAAAUCCAGGUCGGAAAGGAAAGGAUGGUGUAUACAAAAUUUAUCCGGAUGGAAAACGGAAGAAGAAAGUGUACUGUGACAUGACAACAGAAGGAGGGGGUUGGACGGCAAUACAAAGAAGAAAGGACGGCACUACAGAUUUUUACAGAACAUGGACAGAGUAUAAACAAGGAUUUGGUGAUGCCUCUAAAAACUACUGGAUUGGAAAUGACGCAAUCUAUGAGUUGACAAAGAACAAGGACCAAGAACUCCGGGUUGAGCUACAACGAUUUAAUGGUGACAAAGCAUACGCUCAUUACUCCAAAUUUUAUGUAGGGAACGAAGCCAGCAAAUACAAACUCACUGUGUCUGGGUUUUCUGGAACAGCAGGUGACAGUUUGGCUUAUCACAAAGAAAUGAAAUUUUCAACAAAGGACCAGGACAACGACAACUGGAGUAGUGACUGUGCUAAACAGCGAUAUGGGGCCUGGUGGUACAAUUCAUGUGUCUACUCAAACCUUAACGGGAAGUAUGCUCAGUCUGCUGUAACUGGACCUCAAUAUCUGACUUGGUAUAACUGGAAAAAGAGAUAUGAAGCUCUAAAGAAGUCUUCAGUGAUGGUCAGGAACAAAACCUAGACUCAAUAAUGGUUAAAGUCUUGCCAUGUUAAUAAUUAUUUUGAUGU